CAGGAGCUCCAGCGGGGAACAAGGGGUCCCGGGCACCUGGAGCCCGCCGCCCUCCCGGCCCCAGGGCCGUAGCAUUGGGGUGGGAGGGGCGGAGAAUCCUGAAUCACCCAGCGGCGAAGAGUGCCGGGCGCUGUGCAAAUAACGUGACUUUUACUGGGCAUCAGCUCGCUCUGAACCCGUCCCGCUCCCUUCCGCUCUCGAGGAAAUAGCUAGCCUUUACUUGCCAGUGCCUUGAGGGGUAGAAUAGGCAGCGGGCUCUUGAAACUGAUUCGGGAGACGGAACUCAAGCCCCGAGCGGAAUUCUCGAAAAGAACGGGGACAUACAAAAGGGAAGUUAUCUCAGAGAUCUCUUGAGUUAGGUUUCCCCGUGUUAGCUCCUGCACGUGCUUGACCCCAGUCAGCCACCGUAGGCCCUGCAAGCCUCGGCACACUUUCCUCUGGUCCCUCGGCCUGUAGCUCUGCGCUUUGCUCACCAAUUGGCUUGCCUUGCGCACCCACCCCCUCAUUCCAUGCCAUCUCCCCCGCUGCAGCCUCCGCGGGCCGCGACUGCGCAUGCGAACUAACGCCCCACCGGCCCGGCGGAGGAGGAGGGAAUGGAAAUGAGGCUGGGCCCAGCAGCUAGCGCGCGCUCCCUCGCCUGCCCUCCCGUCGCAGGGCGCGCGCCGGGCGGUGCAGAGUCCGAAGGCAGCGCCGCAGUGGCCGCGGCCCCCGAGGGAGGGGCGCGGAGCCCCGCCCCCAGGGAGGGGCCGCCCGCAGGUCUCCCCUCUACCCUCCACGGCUCCAACUCCACGCAGGGGUUGAAAUGUAGUGACAAGAAGAAGGCAGUUCACGCGGCGUCAAUGGACUGAGACUAAGCCAAGAGCCGGGCCCUCCCUCUAGGUUUCUGGGUCGGCAAGAUGCUGGAGCGAGAUGCUGAGUCUGCAUCGGCCCGGGGCACCGAUCCUAGUCCCACUGGCAAGGAGCCUGUGAGCAAAGGAGAAGCUCCCUACCAGGGCUCGCCGCAGAAGCCCAGCCAGUCGGUUCCAGGGCCCGCCACGUCCGCGGGGGCGCCUUCCCGACCCCGCCGGCGGCCCCCGCCCCAGCGCCCGCACCGCUGCCCCGACUGUGACAAGGCCUUCUCGUACCCGUCCAAGCUGGCCACGCACCGGUUGGCACACGGCGGCGCCCGCCCCCACCCGUGCCCCGACUGCCCCAAGGCCUUCUCCUACCCCUCCAAGCUGGCAGCCCACCGCCUCACGCACAGCGGCGCCCGUCCGCACCCGUGCCCGCACUGCCCAAAGGCCUUCGGCCACCGCUCCAAGCUGGCAGCCCAUCUCUGGACCCACGCGCCCGCCCGCCCCUACCCGUGCCCCGACUGCCCCAAGUCCUUCUGCUACCCCUCCAAGCUGGCGGCCCACCGCCAUACGCACCAUGCCACCGACGCCCGCCCCUAUCCUUGCCCGCACUGCCCCAAGGCUUUUUCAUUCCCCUCCAAACUGGCCGCCCAUCGCCUAUGUCACGACCUCCCGACGGCACCGGGCAGCCAGGGCACCGCCCGGCAUCGCUGCUCCAGCUGCGGCCAGGCGUUUGGCCAGAGACGCCUCCUACUCCUUCACCAACACAGCCACCACCAGGCCGAGAGCCCGGGGGAGUGGGAGUGAACGCUCCCCUUGGCUCACUGGCUCCUUAUGCUGCCAGCCCCAGUCAAUAAAGAGGUGGCAUCUCUAA